AUGUCUCAUCUCAUCCACCUUGUAAAUGCACGCCUCGUCGACGGCGAUCAGCUGGUUUCCAAGUCUCUGUGGAUUGACUCCAUCGCCGGAGUCUUCAUCCCCCCGCCUCUGCCCGACCCCGCCUCAUCAGUUGCAGCUGCAACGAGCAUCGAUCUUCAAGGUCGCAUCGUGUCCCCCGGAUUCAUCGACCUGCAAAUCAACGGCGCCUAUGGCUUCGAUUUCUCAGAAGAUGCUACCGAAGAGGUCGAGGGAAAGUCCUACACGCAGAGAUACCGUGAUGUGCGGCGGAAACUCAUCGCUACGGGGACGACGAGUUUCUUACCGACAAUGACAAGCCAGCUACCGCAGCGAUAUCAUCGAAAUUUGCCUUUAUUAGGACCUUCCAAAUCUCGCGACCCCUUUGAUGGAGCCGAAUCUCUUGGUGCUCACUGCGAGGGUCCAUUCUUUGCCCAUAAUCGUAUGGGAGUUCAUCUUCCUGACGCUAUCAUCUCGUCUGGAAAAACUAGUGAGCCAACGCACGUGUUCGAAACAUAUGGAAUGAAUAACCUUUUCGAUGAGAGCUAUUCGUUCGAUGGCUCAAUCUCCUCCAAUGUCCGCAUGAUCACAAUGGCGCCAGAGAGACCCGGUGCUCUCGAUACAAUCACAGAGCUCAGCCAGAAGGGUAUCGUGAUGUGUAUCGGCCAUAUGGCAGCCGACUAUAAACAAGCGCGUGCGGGCAUCGAAGUUGGCGCAACGAUGAUCACCCACCUGUACAAUCAGAUGAAUCCUCUUCACCAUCGCGGACCGGGUCCACUGGGAAUUCUCGGCGGAGCAGGGGAUAUCAACCCCGAGACCGAGGCAAAGAUUCUAGGAGAGGGGACUUCUAACACUCGUCCUUACUUCGGCAUCAUUGCGGAUGGACAUCAUGUUCACCCAGCCAGUGUUCGAUUAGCACACCUGAUGCAUCCAGAUGGUCUUAUACUGGUGACUGAUGCUUUACUCCUGCUGGGAGAUGAAGAUGGGACGAUCGACUGGCUGACGAGGCGUCUGACUAAAAAGGGGAUUUCGGUGACACUGGAGGGUACCGACAUCAUCGCAGGGAGCUGCGUGACUCUGCUGCAAUGUAUCAAUAACUUCCGCAAAUGGACAGGUGCUUCCAUACCGGCUACGCUACAAGCCGUGACUUCUAGACCUGCAGCAGUCCUGAAGCUGGGCCAUGUCAAGGGAACCCUGCAGGCUGGGGCUGACGCUGAUUUUGUCGUACUAAGUGAGAAUCAUGUACCUGGUCAACCGGCAUCUGACCUGGUAGUUGACGAAGUAUGGAACUUUGGGACAAAGGUUUUUGAUCGAAACACAUCAUAG